ACUAGGAACUAUAGUCAACAGGCCAUUUGUUUCUAACGUUGUUCUCUGACGCAACGGAAACGGUGUCAUCGGGGAAUAACGUUACGUCACUUGCUUCAAGUUUUCCCGCGAUUCUGUUGUUAGACGCGACUGGUCGUGAGUCCUUUUGGGUUUUAUUUCUUGUAUGGUUUGCCAUAAACAUCCACAAUGACAGGCGUUUACGAGUCUCCGAAACCCAGAAUCAAUGCGUCGCUGUUGUCUCAAUUCAUCGGUCGACCAGUCUGCUUCGUUGGACGCUUAGAAAAGGUGCAUCCUUCAGGAAAGGCUCUUACUCUGUCAGAUGGAGAAGGGAAGUCUGCAUCAGUGGAGCUCAAUGAUCCUCUGGAUGAAGAGCUGAGUGGGAUUGUGGAGGUUAUUGGGAUGGUGUCGAACAAAGGAACACUUAUGGCUGUUUCAUAUACUCCGUAUCAAGAGGACAAAACCUCUUUCGAUGUGGAGCUGUACAAUGAAGGCCUGAAAGUUCUCCAUGAUUUUCCCCAGCAUUACCCGUUUGAGGUGUCGUUAAGUGGUUAAAAACAGCACUCAUUUAUUUGCCUUUUACAGUUUCUGGAUAAUUGGAUAUUUACUGUGUUUGUAAAAAAAAAAAAAACUAUGUAAACAUUGUGUUUGUUACUUGAAAUAAAACCUUAAACCCUUGAUCGCAUUAUUGACCAUACAUUGACAAAAUAAGGUUGGAAUCGGUCUACUGAUUUACAGUAUGAAUUUUGAAA